AUGGGUAUACCAGAACUCUGGCAGCUUUUCGACAAAGCUGAAGUUGGAGAGAAUAUAUCAACUGCUGCGUUUGCUGCUCAACAUUUUGAGAGGGAAAGAAGGCCCCUUCGAAUUGCAGUUGAUGUUUCUAUCUGGAAGUUCAAGUGUUAUUUAGAUAAGAAGGAAGUCGAAGCCAUUCGCAAAAAGGUCCCAUCUGCGAACCCAAACGAGAAGAACAUUUUCUACAAGAUUUUGAAACUUCUCAAGUUGAAUAUCCAAUUGAUUUUUGUCGCGGACGGCAGUAAUCGACCAAAAGAGAAAUAUGGUGGGCAAUCGCCAUGGUAUAAAUAUCUUUCACAGGAUGACAAACUCCUCAAAAAAACAGUGACUUCUCUAGGCAUGAUAUGGCAUGAAGCACCGGGUGAAGCCGAGGCUGAGUGCGCAGCUUUGCAAAGCCGUGGGGUAGUUGAUGUCGUUUGGACAGAAGAUUCGGAUGCUUUCAUGUUCGGGUGCACAUCUCUAAUACGUUUCUGCCAUGUUAAAAAACCCAAAGUCAAGAGGCCUGGAAACAAUCGAAAUUGGGUUAACGAAUCUGAUGAGACAAGGCGAGAGGUUGACCUCGAUAAUAUCAUCAUUUAUCGAGCAGAUAAAAUCCAAAAACAAUUCCCAGGCUUGACUCGAGAUGGUCUUGUGUUAUUCGCUGUCUUGAAGGGGGGUGAUUACAGCAAAGACGGCAAGAGUCUUACGAACUGUGGCGCUGCUCUAGCAUUACAAAUAGCGACUGCGAAAGAAGGUUUUGGUGGAGACCUUUGCAACGCAUCUCAUGCACAAUUUCCAACUUGGAGAAAAAGACUUCGCCAAUAUCUCACACGCAUCAACAAACGAAUUGAUGUACCAGACAGCUUUCCGGACACUCGCAUUGUUGAGCUUUACAACAAGCCUUUAGUCUCACCUGAGCGAAUCAUGAGCGAUAUUGGAAAGUUUUGGAACCCCUCUUUUGACGAGAUGGAGUUACAAAGAUUCAUCGCUCCCAUAUUCAAUUUUGGGUAG